CGACCACCACUCGCAUGUCAUCCAGGCUAUGAAAAAUAUUUUUUUUACGUAGCUAGCUACUUUACGCAAAAGUGUUGCAUUUCGAAGGCCCAGGUGAAAGGAAGUCUUGACGGUGGUGGAUUAGUUCCUGACAGCAGCAGCAGGAGGGAAUGGUGGAAAGGGGUAUCAGACGAAAUAACAGGACCAUUUCCUAUCAAGACGGCCCAAUAAAAAUAUUUUAUAGGAAGGAAAAAUCUUCAGCUUCUCAUGCCCUGCCAUUACAGCCAGUCAACUGCAUAGAGCUCCUCUAGUUGAGAUGAAGCCUAGAAGAAGUCCUGCCUGGCCCAUCACAGAGUCUAUGCCGCUACCUUAAGCUUUAGAGGAGAGGAAUGAUGAAAUUAGAUAAAAAAUAAAGUGGAAGAGUGGAGGACCGCACCCCCCAGCAUCCCCCAAAAGCAGCAUGGCAGGACUCCAGCUGGUCACCCCCGCCUCCAAUCCCAUGGGGCCUUUCUUUGGUCUCCCGUGGCAACAGGAGGCCAUCCACGACAACAUCUACACGCCUAGGAAAUAUCAGGUUGAACUUCUUGAAGCAGCUCUUGAACACAAUACUAUUGUCUGCUUAAAUACUGGCUCAGGGAAGACUUUUAUUGCAGUGCUCCUAACUAAAGAGCUCUCCCACCAAAUCCGGGGAGAUUUAGUCGAACAGGGGAAGAGGACAGUUUUCCUGGUGAAUGCAGCAUCGUCUGUGAUUCAGCAAGCAGCUAGUGUUAGGACCCACUCUGAUCUCCAGGUUGGAGAAUACAUGUGUGUGGAGAAGACCUCAUUAUGGUCCAGGGAAAAGUGGAGCCAAGAAAUGAUUGAAAAUCAGGUGCUCGUUAUGACGUGCCAUAUCUUCCUGCAUGUGCUGAAGAGUGGAGUGCUGCCACUAUGGAAACUCAACCUGGUGGUGUUUGAUGAGUGUCACCUGGCAAUCACGGACCAUCCCUACCGGGAGAUAAUGAAGCUAUGUGAGGGCUGUCCGUGCAGCCCUCGGAUCCUGGGUCUCACUGCAUCAAUUUUGAAUGGUAAAUGUGACCCGUCUGAACUGGAACAGAAGAUCCAGAACUUGGAGCGGAUCCUGCGGAGCAAUGCAGAGACAGCUACUGACCUUGUUGUCCUUGACAGAUAUGCCUCCCAGCCCAGAGAGGUGGUACUGGACUGUGGACCCUACCUGGACAAGAGCGGCCUUUCAGAGCAUCUACUGAGCGAGCUGGACGAGGCUCUCCACUUCCUCAACGACUGCAACAUACCUGUGCCUCGAGAGGACAGAGACCCCACCUUCAUAUCCAAACAGGUGCUGAGUGACUGUCGGGCGGUGCUGUUGGUGCUGGGGCCGUGGUGUGCCGACAAGGUGGCUGGCAUCAUGGUGAGGGAGCUGCAGAAGUACAUCAAACACGAACAGGAAGAGAUCAACAGGAAGUUCCUGCUCUUCACCGACACCAUCCUGAGGAAGGUCCACGCCCUGUGUGAGGAACUCUUCUCCCCGGCCUCUCUGGACCUGAAGUUUGUGACCCCGAAGGUCAUCCGUCUCCUGGAGAUCCUCCAUGAGUACAAGCCCUUUGAGAGGCAACAGUUUGAGAGUGUGGAGUGGUACAACAACCGCAACGAGGACAACUACGUGUCGUGGAGUGACUCGGAAGACGAAGACGAGGAUGAGGAGGUGGAGGUGAAGGAGAAACCCGAGGCUAACUUCCCCUCGCCGUUCACCAACAUCCUGUGUGGGAUCAUCUUCGUAGAGAGGCGCUACACGGCCGUCGUCCUCAACCGGCUAAUAAAGGAGGCAGGGAAACAGGACCCGGAGCUGGCCUACAUCAGCAGUAACUUCAUCACGGGACACAGCAUCGGAAAGAACCAGCCACGCAACAAGCAGAUGGAAGUGGAGUUCAGGAAACAGGAAGAGGUUCUGCGUAAGUUCCGUGCCCACGAGACCAACCUGCUCAUAGCGACCAGCAUCGUGGAGGAAGGGGUAGAUAUUCCCAAGUGUAACCUGGUGGUGAGGUUUGACCUGCCCACUGAGUACAGGUCCUACGUUCAGUCUAAAGGCCGAGCCAGAGCCCCUGUCUCCAACUACAUCAUGCUGGCUGAAAGUGAGAGGACCAAGACCUUCGAGGAAGACCUGAAGACCUACAAGGCCAUAGAGAAGAUCCUGAGAAACAAGUGUUCCAAGGCAGCGGGGGUCGGCGACUUUGAGGUGGAACCGGUGCAGGAUGAUGACAACAUCCUGCCUCCCUACGUGCUCCGCUCUGAGGAAGGAGGGCCCCGCGUCACCAUCAACACGGCUAUCGGACACAUCAACAGAUACUGUGCCCGUCUGCCCAGUGACCCGUUUACCCACCUGGCUCCUAAGUGUAAGACCAAGGAGCUGAAGGAUGGGCGCUACCAGUCAACCCUCUACUUGCCCAUCAAUUCCCCUCUACGGGUGCCCGUCGCUGGGCCAAUCAUGAACUGUGCACGACUGGCAGAGAAGGCAGUGGCACUACUUUGUUGUGAAAAUCUUCACAAAAAAGGUGAGUUGGAUGACCACUUGAUGCCUGUGGGGAAAGAGACUGUGAAGUAUGAGGAGGAGCUGGAUCUCCAUGACGAGGAGGAGACCAGUGUUCCAGGCAGACCAGGAUCCACCAAGAGGAGGCAGUGCUACCCUAAAGCUAUACCAGAGUGUCUUCGGGACAGUUACCCUGUACCGGAGCAGUCUUACUACCUGUAUGUGAUUGGCAUGGUCCUCACCACCCCUCUGCCUGACGAACUCAACUUCCGCCGCAGGAAGCUCUACCCUCCAGAAGACACUACCAGGUGCUUCGGCAUCCUGACUGCCAAACCUAUACCUCGGAUCCCCCACUUUCCUGUGUACACGCGGUCUGGUGAGGUGACCAUCUCCAUGGAGCUUCAGAAGGCUGGGUUCACUCUGAGUGCUGUCCAGCUGGACCUGAUCACCAGACUACACCAGUACAUCUUCUCUCACAUCCUCCGCCUGGAGAAACCUGCUUUAGAGUUCAAUCCCACGCAGGCCGACUCGGCCUACUGCGUUCUACCUCUCAAUGUUGUUGAGGAUUCCAACACUCUAGAUUUGGAUUUUAAAUUCAUGGAGGACAUAGAGAAGUCCGAGGCUCGUGUUGGCAUUCCUACCACCCAGUACACCAAGCAGAACCCCUUCACCUUCAAACUGGAAGACUACCAGGAUGCUGUCAUCAUUCCACGGUAUCGUAACUUUGACCAGCCUCACCGUUUCUACGUGGCUGACGUUUACACAGACCUCACACCUCUCAGCAGGUUCCCGUCACCGGAGUACCAGACGUUUGCUGAGUACUACAAAACCAAGUACAACCUGGACCUGUCCAACGUAAACCAGCCACUACUGGACGUAGACCAUACCUCCUCACGCCUGAACCUGUUAACCCCUCGUCACCUGAACCAGAAGGGGAAAGCCCUGCCCCUCAGCAGUGCAGAGAAGAGGAAGGCCAAGUGGGAGAGUCUACAGAACAAACAGAUCCUGGUCCCAGAGCUGUGUGCCAUCCACCCCAUCCCAGCCUCUCUGUGGAGGAAGGCUGUGUGUCUCCCCAGUAUCCUGUAUCGCCUUCACUGCCUGCUCACAGCCGAGGAGCUGAGGGCCCAGACAGCCAGCGACGCUGGAGUAGGAGCCCAGACCCUGCCCUCUGACUUCAGGUAUCCAAACCUGGACUUUGGAUGGAAGAAGUCCAUCGACAGCAAGUCAUUCAUCUGUCUGCGUGAUGAGGAUGAGGAAGAGGAGGAGGAGGAAGAGGACAGCGGUGACGAUAACUGUAAACAGCAGGGCCAGACUGUAGCCCCUGGACUUGCUGCUGCUGUUUCCCAGCAACCCUGUAGUGACUGUCAUGUCUCUUCUCGGCCUGAGGGGUGCGACAUCCACCAACGUCCCGAAGAUGACAGACCAGAGGACGAGGAGCCCCAGCAGCCAGACUCCGCCUCCUGCACUAGCAUCCUCGCUAACGGCACUGCCCCUAUUGCCAAUGACAACGGUGACCACGGCGACCAUUCACACCUUCACGACGGACGUGACAACUGCCAAUGUCUCCCGGCUGGUUCUGGUUUGCCACUGGAGAAUGAAAAAGAAGUAUCAACAACACAAACCACUACCUCAGUUCUUCCUGUGCAGCCCUCUCUUAGCAUCGAGAACCAGAAUCUAACCCCAACACCCCCUCAGCCCCAGCCAGGGACCCAGCCUCCACCCCCUCACCCCCAGGCAGGGACCCAGCCUCCAACCCCUCAGCCCGGGACCCAGCCUCCACCUCCUCCACCCUCUCAGCCCCAGCCAGGGACCCAGCCUCUACCCCCUCAGCCCCAGCCAGGUACCCAGCCUCCACCCCUCAGCCCGGGACCCAUCCUCCAGCUCCUCCACCCUCUCAGCCCCAGCCAGGGACCCAGCCUCUAUACCCUCAGCCCCAGCCAGGGACCCAACCUCCACCCCCCAGCCCCAGCCAGGGACCCGACCUCCACCCCCUCAGCCCCAGCCCCAGCCUGCACCCCUCAGCCCCAGCCAGGGACCCUGCCUGCACCCCCUCAGCCCCAGCCAGGGACCCAAACUCCUCCCCUCAGCCCCAGCCAGGGACCCAACCUCCACCCCCUCAGCCCCAGCCACCCCAGCCAGGGACCCAGCUUCCACCCCCCAGCCCCAGCCAGGGACCCAGCUUCCACCCCCCAGCCCCAGCCAGGGACCCAGCUUCCACCCCCCAGCCCCAGCCAGGGACCCAGCUUCCACCCCCAGCCCCAGCCAGGGACCCAGCUUCCACCCCCCCAGCCCCAGCCUAGCGAUGAAUGUAGACCAGGGGGGACCUCAGAGCUCCGUGAGGGCGACGGACACCACGUGAAUCAAGCUACCUCAGACUGCUGCAGCCCAGCAACGAUGACGGGGCCCGCCGGCACAGCUCCCAUCACCACAACACCUUUACCUGACCCCCCGGAGACCCAGGAGAUCACCACCAGCAGCUCUGUAGUGGGGGAUACCCUUGGCCCCUGCUCCAAGACCCUGGGGCCCAACCCUGGGCUCAUCCUUCAGGCCCUGACCCUGUCCAACGCCAGUGACGGCUUCAACCUGGAGCGUCUGGAGAUGCUGGGAGACUCCUUCCUGAAGCACGCCAUCACCACCUACCUGUUCUGUACCUACCCCGAUGCACACGAGGGACGACUCUCCUACAUGAGGAGCAAGAAGGUGAGCAACUGUAACCUGUAUCGUCUGGGAAAGAAGAAAGGUCUUCCUUGCAGGAUGGUGGUGUCCAUCUUUGACCCACCGGUCAACUGGCUGCCUCCUGGCUACGUGGUCAAUCAGGACAAGAGCAGCGAAGACAAAUGGGACGAGGAUGAGGCCAAAGAGGAGCUCCUGGCCAACGGUAGUGCUGGAGAGGAGUUGUGUGUGGAGGAACUAGGGGAGGAGGUUCUGGAGGAGGAUGAAGAUCUGAUGUGGAAGGAGCCUAAAGACGAGGUCAACGUGGAGGAUGACCUGGAGUACUACCAGGAGCACAUCAAGUUCAUCGACAACAUGCUCAUUGGCUCCGGUGCCUUCGGCAAGAAGAUUUCCCUCGGUACCUUCCCCCCUGCCCCCGCCACCCCUGGCCCAAGUCCUAGUCCCUCUGCCCGUUCCUCCUCCCCUGCAGCCGAGCCCAGCUACGGGGAGUGGAAACCCCCCAAGAAACCUGGCCCGGUCCCCACCCCCCACUACCCCUCAGAGCCUAGCGGUAGUGGCUCAGCAGAUGAGUUUGACUACAGCUCGUGGGAUGCCAUGUGUUACCUGGACCCUAGCAAGGCAGGGGAGGAGGAUGAUUUCGUGGUGGGUUUCUGGAACCCGUCGGAGGAGAACUGUGGGGCGGAGUUGGGGAAACAGUCUAUCUCCUAUGACCUGCACACAGAGCAAUGCAUCGCUGACAAGAGCAUCGCUGACUGUGUGGAGGCAUUGCUGGGCUGCUACCUCACCAGCUGUGGGGAGAGGGCUGCUCAGAUGUUCCUCUGCUCACUGGGACUCAAGGUGUUACCGGUUGAGAGGAGGAGGCUGAAGGAGAAGGACGGGGUCAUAGAGGUCGUGAACCUUGACCUCCAGUAUGGCUGGCUGAAGAUCCCACCCCGCUGCAUAUUUGACCACCCGGACGCCGAGCUCACCCUCAACCACCUCAUCUCUGGCUUUGAGAACUUUGAGAGGAAGAUCAGCUACACCUUCCAGAACAAGGCCUACCUGCUGCAAGCCUUCACACACGCCUCCUACCAUUACAACACCAUUACUGAUUGUUACCAGCGACUAGAGUUUCUUGGCGAUGCAAUUUUAGACUACCUCAUAACGAAGCACCUUUAUGAAGACCCGCGCCAACACUCUCCUGGCGUGCUCACAGACCUGCGCUCGGCGUUGGUCAACAACACUAUCUUCGCCUCCCUGGCCGUCCAGUACGACUUCCACAAGUACUUCAAGGCUGUGUCGCCCGAGCUGUUUCAUGUCAUCGACGACUUUGUGCAAUUCCAGCUGGAGAAGAACGAAAUGCAAGGCAUGGACUCUGAGCUUCGGCGCUCAGAGGAAGACGAGGCGAAAGAAGAGGACAUUGAGGUCCCCAAGGCAAUGGGAGACAUAUUUGAGUCACUAGCCGGAGCAAUUUACAUGGAUAGCAGAAUGUCACUGGAGACAGUGUGGCAAGUGUAUUAUCCAAUGAUGAGGCCACUUAUAGAGAAAUUCUCGGCUAAUGUCCCUCGCUCUCCGGUGCGGGAGCUAUUGGAGAUGGAGCCUGAGACAGCCAAGUUCAGCCCUGCGGAGCGGACGUACGACGGGAAGGUCCGUGUGACAGUGGAGGUCGUGGGCAAGGGCAAGUUCAAAGGCGUGGGCCGCAGCUACCGGAUCGCCAAGUCUGCUGCCGCGCGCCGGGCCCUGCGCAGCCUCAAAGCCAACCAACCUCAGGUCCCAAACAACUGAGCUUCACACGCUAACUAGCUAGCUACUGAUGCUAGCUACUGAUGCUAGCAACUGAUGCUAUCUACCUACAACUGUCGCUAGCCAGUAGCCACUGAUGCUAGCUUGCUACUGAUGUUAGCUAGUCGCCACUGAUGCUAAUUACUGACGCUAACCAGUAGCUACCAGUGCUAGCAACUGAUGCUAGCUACCAACACAGUGCAGCAUUAGUCCUGUAUCUUCAGCCCUCAAUGGCACAACCAAGGCAGCCAGGGAACGUUCUGUGGAGACAUGGGGAAGUCACAAUGAGAGCUGAUCUAGUUGUAACGGAUUUCACAUUUUAUUUUACAUUUUUUUGCAAACACAAUCUUUCCUUUCCUUCUGUUCUCUGCUUUGUGUAAUCACAAGAGUGCUUUAUUAACGUAUAGCAAAGUGUUAAAAAGAAGAAAAAAAGGUCAGGUGUUGCUUUGUUAAUUUCUCACUUUUAUUUUUUUUUAUUUUACUUUUUGUUUGUUUAACCUUUGCUUUGUGUCAGUGAGAUGUUAGGCGUAUGCGUAUUAUGAGUAGUAUUAGAUUUGUACAUAGUUCAAAUCAAAGGUGUAAAUCUAAAAACGCUAUACUCCUCAGUCUGUGCACUAGUGCCAGUUUUAAAGCGGUUUUUAAAAUGCUAUUGCUAAGGAAAUGGCAAGCAGAGGCCAGACCACCAGUGAAGACGACCAGUGUGGCCCACCUCUGUCUGAACUCUGUCUUGAGAUGCUAUUCUUAGGAUGCGUCUAAAAUGGCACCCUAUCCCCUAUAUAGGACCCUAUGGCCCUGGUCAAAAGUAGUGGACUAUAAAGGGAAUAGGGUGCCAUUUGGGACGUACCCUCAAUCAUUAUUGCACUUAUUCCAUUAGGGUCUGUUAUGUUCAGAAUUGUGUGGUCGGAUUGGACAACAAAAUCCUAUAUGUAACAAAAAUAUAUAUAUACAUUUAUGAUGAAAUAUAAAUAUUAUUUGCCUUACAUACUAAGGCCCUCCCUCGUAUCCUGAAAAAAAGAAUAGGAAUUCAACAUUCCCGCUUACUGUAAAUUUAAAAAAUAGUUUUUAAACAGCACUCGAGGAUGCAUGUUUGUGUAGCUUAUGUAUUAAUAACCAUGGCAACUGGAUGGCUUAUAUAAACAUUUAUAAAUCUAUCAAUAUAUCUAGAGGGAAAGAGAUAUUAAAUGUUUAUUAUUAUGACAUAAGUCGACAACUUUAGUCUCAAGUAAUGUCUUUUGAUACCAAGAUUGAUCAUCUUUAUUUUGUUGGUCAUUUUGUAAGACUCAGAGCACCUUUUGAGUACAGUCUUUAGGACACAGGUUGUUCUUCUUUUUCAACAGAAUCGUGGUUCACACAUCCCUUCACUUUACCAAAGCUAAUACAGAUGUGACUCUACAGGGUUGCACAUGUGAAGUCAGUUCCUAGGGAUAUGCACACCAGCCUUUUUGUUCAAUUAUUUACUUCAAACACAUUGUGACAUAGCGUCCACGUUAUGUGACUACAUAGCCUCUUAGACUAAAUGUAUUUUAUUUUCUCUCAAUAGUAUCAAUAAGCCCUCUUCACUUGAAUACCUCAGUUGAUUGCAUGCAUUUGUUUUUGGUGCUAUGUUUUGUGUUGUAUUAAGCUUGAAUUUCUCAUCCUUUUUGCACUGUAACUAUAAUACCUCUUUCUUUGACCUUUUUGAAAUCUGUCAGUUGGGUUGGUUGUCCUGUUCUAGCAGCCUUCAAGCUGUAGUGGUUCAGUUGCAUCGGUGUUUUCUUUGUUUUUCUUCUCUCCCUGCCCAUUGAUUUAAUGCUUGAUGAUUUGGUGGGGUAAAUCCAGAGGGUAUUCUCAUUCUGCACAUACAUGGGCCUAAACGAAUGUCUUCCGUCUCUGUUGAGCAUCAGUCCUCUUCAAAGGAAGAAGACAUGAAUUGGCCAUGAUCAGAUGGAGGGGGCCUCCUGUACUGUAGCUUGUUGAAGUAAACCGAUUGCACUCUAUAUCUCUCACCGUGUGUGGCCAGCGCAGUCUUAGUAUAUGUCGAAGGCCUUUGCAAGACUACUUCGGAUUCAGCCUUUUACGAUUGUCACAUGUCACACUGUGCGAUGUUACCAAAUUAAAAUCUUGAUAUCAACCUUG